CUUCCAUUCAAAACAAAUAUUAGCCUACCGUAAUGAUAAACUUAGAACAACUAUAAUAACAAUACUAAUACUAACAAUAAUGGGAAGAUAUUCAUGGGCAACCAGACUGCCAGGUGGCAUGGUUUCCACCAAAAUGAGUUCCAAGAAGAUCUGCCCGUUAGGUUUGCCUCUUGUUCAGACAACGCUUGUCCAGUUCGCAAGGCGGUUUGCUCACUAGCCAACACUCCCACAGCAGCUCCGUCAUCUGUAGCCUGCUUCAAAUGUAGGACCAGGACAAGAUGGCGGAUAUUUCUUUGCUUCAAGAGGAUUCCCAAGAGGAGUUAGACGGGUUUGGUGGUGAUGACUACAGCUUAGAGUCUGACGUCAUUGUUCUACCUUCAGCCCUGGACUGUGUCUCUCAAGAUGAGAUGCUAACCCCGCUAGGUCGUCUUGACAAAUACCUGGCCAGCGAAAACAUCUUCAACAGACAGAUGGUGGUCCGGAGUCUACUGGACACGCUGAAGGCAGUCAGUGAGGAUGAGAGGGAGUGUAUUGCUGUCCUGGAAAGAGUAGCCAGAUUAGCUGACGACUCAGAGCCCACAGUUAGAGCAGAGCUGAUGGAGCAGGUGCCCCACAUGGCCAUCUUUUGCCAGGAGAACGUCCCUGCCAUCCCUUACGCCUUCUCCACCUACCUGCUGCCCAUAGUGGUGCGCUACCUAGCUGACCAGAACAACCAGGUGCGUAAGACGAGCCAGGCGGCCCUGCUGGUGCUGCUGGAGCAGGGUCUUGUAGAGCGUGGAGAUGUGGAGAAGCUGGUGUGUCCUGUCCUGGUGGACCUGACAGCCCCUGACAGCAACGACGACGUCAAGACGGAAGCCAUGGCUAUCAUCUGUAAAAUGGCUCCCAUGGUGGGGAAAGACAUCACAGAGCGCCUGUUCCUUCCACGCUUCUGUGAGAUGUGCUGCGACUGUCGCAUGUUUCACGUACGCAAGGUGUGUGCGGCUAACUUUGGGGACAUGUGCAGUGUGGUGGGAGGAGAAGCCACAGAGGAUCUGCUGCUCCCCAGGUUCUUCCAGCUGUGUUCUGACAACGUGUGGGGUGUGAGGAAAGCAUGCGCUGAGUGUUUCAUGACCGUCUCCUCCGCAACCUCCCAAGAAGUCCGUCGGACCAAGCUCUCCUCUCUCUUCAUCAGCCUCAUCAGUGAUCCCUCUAGAUGGGUGCGUCAGGCAGCCUUCCAGUCUCUGGGUCAGUUCAUCUCUACCUUUGCCUGCCCCGCCCCCUCACAGGCGGACUGCACCUGUGACCACACACACAACAGUAUUGAGGAGCGACCAGUCACCAUGGAGACACUCAGGAAAGACUUUGAUAGGCUUGAGGACUCUAAGCACAGCCCUCCCUGUCCAUGGGCCUCUGGUGGCCAUGGCGACAAGCCCCAUAGCGAGGAUGGGGGGCUUUGUCAGGUGGAGGAAGGCGGAGUUGUGGAUGUAGCAGAGGAGGGAGGUGGGGAGCAGGGUGCAGAGGUCAUGGUUGAGGUCAUCGUUGAUCCUGACCCCUACCCUGCUGAGAAAGACCUUAUAGAAACCGCAAGGGCUGAGAAGUUGGAGGAGACACACACACCCGAGGACACACACACACCCGAGGACACACACACACCCGAGGACACACACACACCUGAGGGUGUACCUGGAGAGGACGUACCUGAGCCUUCAGCCAGAGACACUCUUCCACGGGAGGAUAUGUCUGUAGACACUGGAUGUGCUGAGACCCAGGCCAGCCCUGAGCUGGCUUCUGCUCCUACAGAACCUCGACAGCCUGGAAGUGUUGUCUCUGUCUCUGAGGUCAGGUCAGCCGGCGGUGUACCAGAGCAAGAGCUCUACAACUCCUUCCACUUCUGGAGGACACCCAUUCCAGUCAUUGACCUGGAGCUGGAGCUGCGGCCGCCCCACGGGGUAUCCAGCCAGCCUUGGCCCAGCCUCGGCUCCCCCAGCCUGGAUACCAGCUUGUCCUCAGCCCCCCCUCCCUCUGUGGGCCCUAGCUUGGGGAGGAGGCAGCUGGAGGAGCUGAUAGAGAACCUGGAGCCCCACAUAGACGACCCGGAUGUGAAAGCUCAGGUGGACGUCCUGACCGCUGCCCUGAAGGCCACUGCCAUGGAGCCUGGCCGUGGGGUCAGAGGUCAGGGGGUGGGCUUUGGGCUACAGGACGAGUAUCCUGGAGACGAGUCUGAGCUCAGCGAUGGCAGCUUCACCCAGGAGGACGAUAGGAGGUCUAAGCAGCAGUGUGCCUCCCUCCAGGAUGUGGUCCCCCAGGCUCUACUGGACCAGUACCUGUCCAUGACGGACCCAUCCAGAGCCCAGACGGUGGACAUGGAGAUAGCCAAGCACUGUGCCUACAGCCUGCCCGGGGUGGCCCUCACCCUGGGGCCCCACAACUGGCACUGCCUCCGGGACACCUACGAGACCCUGGCUUCAGACAUGCAGUGGAAGGUGCGUCGGACACUGGCAUUCUCCAUCCAUGAGCUGGCUGGGAUCCUGGGAGCUCAGCUUACCGCUGCAGACCUGGUGCCCAUCUUCAACAGCUUCCUGAAGGACCUGGACGAGGUCCGCAUAGGGGUCCUCAAACACCUCUACGACUUCCUCAAGCUUCUUCACCAGGAGACCAGGCGUAAAUAUCUCUACCAGCUUCAGGAGUUCCUGGUCACUGACAACAGCCGUAACUGGCGCUUCAGAUCUGAGCUGGCAGAACAGUUGGUGCGGCUGCUGGAGCUGUACAAUGGUCAGGAUGUGUAUGACUACAUGAGGCCACUGGCCUUCAGCCUGUGCACUGACAGAGUCUCCUCCGUACGCUGGACCUCCUACAAACUGGUCAGUGAGAUGAUCAGGAAGCUGGGGACCUGCCAGAGCCUGCUGGCUGACCUGCUGUCUGAACUGGUCCACAAGUUCUGCCACUCCCCCAAGUGGUCUGGGAGACAAGCCUUUGCCUUGAUCUGCCAGCUGUCCGUAGAGGAGGAGUGUUUGUCUCUGGAGCAGUUCUCUGAGCACCUGUUGGCUCCUCUGCUGCAGCUCUGCUCCGACCCCGUCCCCAAUGUCAGAGUGCUGCUGGCCAAGACCCUGCGCCAGAGCCUGCUGGAGAAAGGUGGGACACACACACACACACACACUCACACAUACACACACACUAACCCUCUGUCCCCUGCCUUGGUCUCUCUCCAGAGUAUUUCCUGCAUUCUGCCAGUGUCCACCAGGAGGCGCUGGAGCAGACGCUGGUGGUGCUGCAGACCGACCUCGACAAGGACGUUAAAUACUUUGCCAGCGUGCAUCCUGGGAACACACGUCUCAACGACGAUGCCAUGAGCACAACCUCCUCCACAUACUGAGUCCAGCAAACACAAACGUACACACACAUUGACUGCUCUGAGCCAGUUGUGCUCCUCUCGUGUGACCUUAUCUGUACCACAAAAGCCUUAAUCAUGUCUUCCUUAAUGAAAACAAACUUGAAUUUCUGGAAGAAAGCUGACGUGAGUUUAUGGACCAUUUCUCCUGUCUGAAGCCAUCCUCAGCUUGAUUCAGCGCAAGGCAGGACAACCCUGACUAGGUCCUGUUUGUUACUGUAGAGAUUACCUCACUUGGCAUCCACCACUCUCAGCUUCCCCAUGGCAACUGGGUGUGUGUGUGUGCAGGUGGCUGGAGUUUCGUCUCCAAGGGCUCUUCAUGGUUUUAAACUGUAGUGCAGCACAUUGUUGUAUCCCUGGUAACAGCAGUGUAGGGCAUAGCCUUGUAUUUUUAUAUGAUAUUCUAUUGCCCAGAAACAACCACUAGAACCUGGGCUUUUAACCCCCCAGACUGUACAUAUCUAAUGCUUCUUCCCCUUGUUGAUCAGUGAUCAUGAAUAGUAUUGUGAUGCAACUGUUCCAUUUUCCUGUCCGCCAUCAAAAGAAAUAAAGCACAUACUAAAUCUCACAGGACGUGUGUGUGUAGAGUUGAUACAGUGUGUGAAACAGCUACUUGUGGUUGUAGGGAGAAAAGCAUGUUAAGAAUAUAGCUGCAAGCAGCACUGGGGUGGCCAAGCAGGUCAGAUGAAACUUUAGACAUCCUCAGAAGAGGGUUCCGAGUACAUGCAGCAAGUUUGGCGUGAAUCCAUCAAAGAUUUGCUGAGAUAAGACACAACUUUGUUUGGCGGCUCUGCUGCCUGUUUCGAUUGGCUGUACCGAACAAACGGAUUCAAAAAUCUAAAAUAAUUUUGAUAGAUUGUGUGAGGAUUGCAUUGAUUAUAUACAGCUAGCAUACAGUUAGCUAGCGACUGCGGUGUACCUGGCUUCCUUUGCAGUGGCUUACAGUCUCGCUAAACAGAGA